GUUUGUCUCUGCUCUUGGCACACAGCAGCGCUGGCUCCUGUCCUCAGUGCCCCGGAACAGCUAGCGGCAAGGCCUUCCCCGCAGCAGCUUCCCCCUCCUGGUUGGACCCCGUCCCUGCCAAGCCGGGCCCCACGGUCUGGCAAUACUCCUUGCAGGCUGCUUGCUAGAGGGCCCUUGUCCCAGGGCUGUGAGCUUGGAGCACCAGGAGACCCUGCACGUACCAAACUGAAGGCCGUGGGAUGGGAGCUCAGUGCUUGGGCUGGGCAGUGGCCUUGGGGCAUGGGAUGGUCCUGGGUACAAUGCCAGGCUCAGGCUUGUGCUGCCCCCUAACGAACAGCUCUAGCCCCAUGGCGUGGGAGAACUUCCCAGACCGGCCCCCAGGUAACGGGGGCAGGAGGCCUGCCUGUGUCUGCAGAGAGCCUGAAGCAGGAGAGCGGAGGGGAAUGGUGGCUCGCAGCAGUGCUGGUGGCUGGAACAGACCAGGCAGGUCUCUGCUGGCAGCUGGGGCGUGUGUGCACAGGUGAAAGGGUCCUGGCAGCCCGUGUGCAGGGUGCCCCAGGGCUGGCUGCUCUGUGGGUGGGGCGGGCGGCAGGAGGAAGGGGCUGGCACGCUGACCCCCUCCCCCAUCCGCAGGGCACCUGUAAGUGCAGCAAUUAGCAACUCUGGCUCCUGAGCCACCACUACUGGAGCCUCUGGCGGGGGCCCAAGGCCCUGCCCCUGGGUGGGGAAGGGCAGGAGAGUGCUUGUCCUGGCAGGCCCUGGCUGGGCUGGGCUGGUUCUCCCUCUGCCCUGCUUGGCAGGGGUCUUCUGAGAGGCCAUCUUGUUGCUGUCCCCCCUCCCCGGUGCCCCCCAUCCCUGCUGCCCUGCCAUUCUCCAGGCCAUGCGGUAACAGCUCUGCCUCUGCCCAUGGAACGUGACCAGGGCCCAGCCUUGCCAGGUGCUGGCACGGGGGUUGGAUGAGGGGCCUCUCACCCUAGGCAGGAGCAUGGCCACCCCAUGCCAGCCUCGCCACCCAGAGCUGGGUACGGUUGGACUUGUGCUGGCAUAGCACGCCCUACUCCUCUGUGUGCCCUUCCACACCUGCUCUCCAGCCAGAGCCACCUUCCCCUCCUGCAUCAAAUCAGAACCUCUGUCGCCCCCAGGUUUGGCUUUACGAACAGAACUGCCCGUCUGCCCAGGCUAGGCUGCUCCAGGACUCCUCUCUCUGCCCUGCUCAGCCCACACCCUAGAUCCUCUCUCCCCAGGGAGCCACUGCCCCGGCCCUGCCUGUUGGAGUCCCUAGCACGCACUUUCUUGGCUGACAAGUGGGGCUCAGGAAUGCCAACACCAGCCUCAAAAGUGCCUGCAGCCUCCUGCCCCAGCGGGCACUGGCUCCCGGAGAGGCUCAUUAGUGAUGUGCCCGCCUCCUUGGCUCGGCCGGGUCCCAGUGGAGCCGGGCAGUAAGUGCAGAAGGCUCCUGCGGAGAGGCCUUAAUGGCUGCGCGAGGGAGAGGCGCUUGCUGGGCCCGAGAUGGAGGCGGGGGCAGGAGGGGCCGUGGUUUCUGUUUCCUCAGACUGGAGCCUGAGCUGCCUCUGCCCAAGGAGCAGACAAGAAGAUGCUGCACAGACUCUUGCUGGGGGGCCUCCUCUGCACAACACUGCCUACCAGCUUCCUCGGCACGGCCUCGGCCCGUAACCUGCACCUCUGCGAGGGAUAUCGCAGCCCUGAUGGGCGCUACCACUCCGGCUUCUACUGCCCACGACUCACUGACCCCCCUGCACACAGGUACUGCUGCCGCCACGGAGACCAUGCCCUGAAAUUCUGCUGCCCCCAGCUGGAGUUUGAGAGCCUGAGAAGGGUCAAUCUGUCCAACGUGCCCACCCCAGCCAGACUCAGGAACCCACUGCCCUUGCUGGCUGUGGGGCUCUACGGCCUUCUCGUCCUCACGCUCAUGACCCUCGACUUCCUCCACUUCUGCAGACUCAACCAGCGCUGCUUUUACAGCCUCCCGAGCAGCAGCCGCCUGGGCAAGCACCUGGCCAGCUCCUUCCCGCACCGCUGGCCGCAGCCCGGCCCGGCGCGAGGAGGGACCCAGCAGCAGGACCUGCCCGCGGCCCAGCCCGGCACGAGGAGGGACCCAGUGGUAGGAGCUGCCCGCGGCCCAGCCCGGCGCGAGGAGGGACCCAGCGGCAGGAGCUGCCCACGGCCCGGUCUGGCGCGAGGAGGGACCCAGCGGCAGGAGCUGGCUGUACCCACGGCCCAGCCCAGCCAGGACAGCAAGUGUGACGAGCAGGUGCCACAGUGACUGUGGGGUGACGCUUGGGGCAGAGGGCGUGUCGGCUGUCGGUAUUACAGAGGUGCUGUUAGCAGAGCCUGGCACGCUGCCACUGCGAUAAAGCCAGCCCAUGCCUCAGCCCCGCACUGUUUGGCCUGGCCUGGCCCUUAUAAAGUGCCUAAGCUGCUUGACAGGCCAAGCCCUGCCCCCGAGUGCUCUGUCUGGGAUGUGACCUCUGGAGAGAGAGGAACCCUGGGGUGUGUACAGUGGGGUGGAGUCACACGAUGACACAAGCUGGGCAGGGCGGGGGUCUCCUGGCCCUUGUCUGAUUCAUCCCGCCCAUGGCUCAUCUGUGCUCAGCGUCCCUGGGGCUGCCUGCAGCUCCUCGUUCACAGGUAAAGGUGACAGCUGGUCGCACUCUCAGUUCCCAUUUAUUGCUGGUUGUGGCUCGAUCCCCACCCUGGGCACCGCGGGCUGCGGGUGGGGUCCUUGCUCCUCCGUGGCCAGUCCAGCUGCUGCGCACCUGUUCAAGGGAGCAUGGGAGGGUCCACAGGGUUAUGUGUGAUGGGCGUCAGCAUGGGGGUGUGUGUGUGUGGGGUGCACGUUUGGGGUGUGGCAUGUUCACGUGUGGGUGUGCAGGUGUGGUGUGCAUG